UAUCAACAUUGAAUAUGCGGGAUUUCCCACGAACGAUUUCGUAAACAAAGCCAGCUCGGCCUCUCAUCCUCAGACGAAAUUGUGAGCUUUUCCUCGUAUUUAUGAUAUUUCUUAAAAACUAUAUGUGCACCGAGCGUUAUUGGAGAUUGUGAUGGACAGGGAAUAACAUAUGACACACCAAGAAUCCCCUUGUAAGUGGUACCAGUAUGGCCUAGCCAUGCAGAGCAAUGGCAGAGUUUGGUGAAAUCCCAAAUUGUAGAGACGAAGAACCCUCAGAGAUCAUGAAACAGCCCAUCAAGAAGCUUGAACCUGCAAUCAACAGGUUCACCAAGAUUGCAAUACCACUGGACCUAGAUAGGCUUGCCAAUCAUUGCAGAAACAUCCAGAAGUUUCAACAACUACAGCAAUGGGACAAGCUCAGAGUAGAGCAGAUUAACGCCAGAAGAACAGUGCAACAACUCAAAGCCAAUGUCCGAGAGAUGGAGAAGGUGAGAUUACAGGUCAAUGAUGAUGACCUGAAGUCCUUUGAUGACCAAGUCUCUCCGGUCAAAGAGGAGGUCAUCCAGGCUGUAGUCAAGGUCAUUGAACUCUGUGGAGUUGAGACCUCGCCGUUAGACCCACCGGUCAUGACCCAGUCUCUAACAGACUCACUACUGAGUACUGAUGAAGGUCUUAGAUCCAGAUUUAGACAUUCAAACUCACUUGAAGCAAGCAGCCAUAGUUCUUCCAUGGAAUCUUCAGAUGCCGUCCCAGAAAACUUAUCUCAAGAAUCUAGUGAAGCGCAUCAUCCGCUACAACAGCAGGAACAACAACAACAACAACAAACUCAAGAGGAUAUGAUGCCAUCACAAGAAGUUCAAGAUUCCUGGGAUAUGUUGAAGAAUGAGCUUGUGGAACUUAACAGUCUCACACAUGAGUUUGCUGCACAAGUACAGGCACAGCAAGAGCAAGUUGACAGUAUUCAAAACAACAUCCAAGUUGCUCAAACAAACAUCCAAACUGGUGUGAAACAUCUCUUAAAGGCAUCUACCUAUAAAGCUGCUAUGCUACCAAUAGGUGGCGCUCUCUUGGGAGGAAUAGUGGGCGGCCCUGUUGGGAUCGUAGCUGGAAUGAAGGUCGGGGCUGCCGCUGCUCUUGGGGGCGGGGCUAUAGGAUUCCUGAGUGGACGUGCCAUAAAAAAACGGCAAGAGAAGAAGAUCCAGAUGGAGAUGUCGGUUCUCACUAAUGGAACUCUAGAGGGCAGUGUUGUAGAAUCAAGGAAGGAUAAAUGAACGAGACAGAAACUCCUAUGCUUGAUAACCACAAGGAAGGUUGAGAUACUGUAUCGGUUGGAGGCAUCUGCAACUUUUAAAUGAUUGUGAGUGUGCUGGCCCUGUUCAUGCUUUAAAUCAUCAUCAUGGUGAAUGAGGCAGCUCAACAUCACAUGAGAGACUGCGCUAUAUGAUUUUAUUAGUACGAUGAUCAGGAAUAAGGUCAUUUGACAUUCAAAGAAUUUAUUCCUCGAAUUCCUUAUGAGCACAUAACAUUAUCUUGGCUAAAGCCAGGGUAAUUAUGCUGCAUUUAAUGUAUAGCACCUAGAGACUUCUGAUGAAGAGGUAUUAGGCAAUAUACAAGCAAGUAUAAUUCAGAUCUAUUGAAAUAAGUUGGCUGCAGCUGAUAUUCAGAAAUUAACCAUAAUUCAUGACUGAUGGAGAGUUCCCACCAAAGCAACAUCGUCUCGAGAUAACAGUUGAAUCUCAGUGUAGAGGGAAUAUUUAAAUGUAAAAUUCUUGUUAUAAUGGGGUACUUUUCUUGUUUCUUGUAUUGGUUUGCCUGAUUUUGUUGGAUUCUUGUACCAAGAAGACAAGUUUUGAAGGUCACAAUGAUCUGUUGAUACAUCUAAUGAUCAGCCUCAUAAAGACAUCAAGUGAAAAGUUCUUUUAAAAGAUGUUAGUAGUUUUUUUUAUCUGUAUCAAAUUUGUUAUAGUCCUAAAAAAAUCUUGCAGUGCUGAUUUUAUGCUUUUCAUGUCCCUUCACUUGCUACAGCUUUGUGAAUAAUAAAGGAAAAUAAUUAAUAUGAUAUAUCUCAUUAAGGGCAUAAUGACAAAGAAGUGGAUAUAAAAUGCACAGCUUCAAAUUUUACCACCAAAUUACUGUGUUAGACCAAAAAACAUCCCUUCAAUGUUAUUAUAGAACCAGUCAAAACAUGCAAAUACAAAUGUUACAAAAUCUCCUUGGUUAAUGCUUACAAAUGCUAUCAGUGAAGUUGCAAAAUUAAGAGCUGUGUAUUUUAUCUUCUCUAUUUGUUCCCUGUGUUUAUAAUGACUAUUACAUCCAGAAAUGGAGCACGGUGUCAUAUUAUUUGAUGCACAAAAAAAUUGAAAUUGACACCAAUGAAAAGGCUCUUUGAUAAAGACCACAUGAUAUUAUUUACAAUCCUUCCUCGGGUACAUCUUAACCAAGAACUUUUUGAUACCUGUGUAAUUGUGUUCAUGCUUAGUUUAUUCCUUGUUGAAUAUGAUUUUUCUGUGUUUUGUAUGCAGUGUUUAAGAUUUCUUUGAGUAACUGAUUUUCCUUUUCUGUUGAAAAUAUCCAUUGAGCAUAUAUUGCAAGAGAUAUACAUGUAUGUACGCUAAAAGGUAUUGUCCUUCGAUUGGUGCUCGUGUUGCAACCCUCGUAGCCAGAGUAUGUCAGCAUGAAAUUGAUUUAUAAUUGCUCUUAAAAAUAAAGCAUUAUUAAUUUAUUUAGAUACUAAUGUGUGUGUAUCGGUUAUACAUGAACUACAAGUAUUGCAAAAAACAGUGCUAUUGAAUUUGACUACAUGUAUAUAUGAUUUUGUUAAGCAUUUACAUGGACCCUUUUUGAGCUUUAUUCCUAAACUCCUUACCUAAUACCCCAUAGAUUCCUGAAGAUUUUGUUAUUUUUUAUAGAUGUACACAAAAAUUGUAGUAUAAAAUUGGUGUAAGGUUUAACUUCAUCAAUUUUGGUUGUUCAUAUAUAUUUAUUUAUUCGGUCGUCAUAAGAUUGAAGUUUAAGAACAACAUAGCAGUAGUCCAAUAUUCAUAAAAUCAAUCUUAAGAAAGUAACGAAAAUAAAUUUUGGAGACAGAUUAUUUCAGUCAUACUUCAUAUUUUGCCAUUAUGCUGUACUAUGUGGCAUUCCUGAAAACUCUCCUGCACACAGUAAACAGAAAUCAAUUGUAGGAAGUAGGAAUGAUUUGUACAAUUGAUUUAUUGAUAAUUAUAUGCAGUCACAUAACACAACUUUUUAUUACAGGGCCCUGAAACCAACAUAAUUUAUAUUUCUUUGAUAUCCCAUGAAGAAUUUACUUUUAUCCUUUUGGGUAAACACCACUCUCUUUGGCACCGAACCACACCUUACAUAUUCCGUAAUAGAAAACUUUUUUUUUGUCAUGUUAUUUUUGCAAAUGUUUUACUGUUUUAUUCUUUCUGAAAUAUUUAUGAUGAGUAUUCUGUGAACAUGUGGUCACUAUAAUGUCAUGUAAAGUGAUACAAACAAUGACUGGGAUGUGUUCCUUUGGCACCAAAUACAAUUUCUAAAAAAUAUCUUUGCAGAUUGAUAUGAAAUUCGAUUUAUAAUAUAUGUGAUUUUAUUUCCAUGCAUUAACAUUUUGCUUAACUUUCAUAGGUAUACAUAUUUGUGAAAUGAUUAAUGUGUAGCUAAAAUGAAGCACAUUUACUUUGAUUGUUUGUUCUUGUCUGUUGAUUCAGCCGUCAGAAUCAUGGAAGAUUCCCCAUUGCUGCACUUGACUAUAAAAACCAAACUUGUGAAUAUGCUAAAGAAAUUCAAAUCUUUCCAGAUAUCUGUAAACUGACUCAAGAGCUAAUUUAGUAUGUUUAGGAUCAUACAGCAUGCAGUAGAGGCACCGAAUACAACCAUUUAAGAUUUUUUUUUUGUUCUCUAUUUAGUCCCAUGUAUUCAUAUUUUGAUGACCCUAUGAACCUUUGUCAAACCGUGUUUUCUACUGCUAAGAAGCCCCCUUCCCGGGCAUAUCAUAGAAUGGUGUAGAUGUACAUGAGUUCUCAUAGAGAUUAGCGGUAUAAGAGGGAUAACAGAGUUGCCAAUUUAUCUGGCUAAUUUAGGGCAUCAAGAUAAUCAAGUUGGCUUUGGUAAAGUUAAGCAGGGGCUGCAGUAGCGGGUGGGGGGGGGCUGUUCCAAAGCCAUGUACAAAAACGUAAAAAUGAUCACAUGAUUGUGAUUUUUUGCAUGGUCAGCCUCCCCCCCCCACUUUGAAAACUAUUCCGCGGCCCCACAUCAUAGUAUCAUGAAGUAUUUUAUGAAGAGGGUUGGGAAACUACCCCUUGACCUAAAAACAAAAUUUUGUUAUUAUUUACUAGAUGAUUUUCUUCAUCUUCAAUUUAACAAAACUGUACCCUAGAACUACAAAGAUCUUUAUAUGCAGCAUUUUCUCAUUCCUUACUCAAACAUUAGACACUUGCCAUCAGUAUGAAGGCUUGUUCAAGAUAUGAUGUGACAAAGCUGAGACGCAUUUUGUCAAUAGGAUAGUAAAUGAUUACAAAAAUGUUCAAGAAACUUUCUUCAUCCCUGAGCUUUAUGAAAGGGGACCAAUCAAAGCCUUUACAAACUUAGCAAAGAGAAUACCUACAUUUUGUCCACAAUUGUGCAGACAAACUCAUAACAUGAGAGCCUGCCCCCCGUUUCUUGAGAGGAUGACAUUUUGACUCCAAUUAGCAUAAAAGGGGUCACUCUUUGUAACAACGCUGAAAAAAAUUCUCACUGAGCUUUGUUGCACCAUUUUGUAACAAGGCUGAAAUCUUACUUUGAUAAUGUUUUAAUGAAUGUUACAAUAAUUAGCAAUUUAUAUUUAUUGUACAUAUCUGUAUAUAUAUAUAUACAGAGGUAUACCACUGUGGUUUUGUUGCCAAAGUGCCUGUGUGAAUAUGGUCACACAGAAUAAAUUACCGUUUCAUGUA